AUGGCCGCCACGGCUCGCCGCGAGAUCGACACCGGCGAGGAAGACAUCGCUGCGAUCGCCAAACAAAUAUCUGACCACGCUGAAGCAAUCUAUCAAACGUGGAAAGCGCGCGGUCUAGCACCCACCGAAAUAUUGUCAUGUAGGCCCACGCCCGGCCUUAAACUGACGGAGAGUUUGCGAACAAAGCCAAAACCGGAACCGAAGCCCGAAAUAAAACAGCGCCCUGAAUUUCGUAGAGAACGCCCUGAAAUUCGUGAGCAACGGCCGGAUCUACGGAGAGAUCAGAGACCUGAACUCAGAGAUAUUCACUCGGAAUCUGAGAGGGAAGCGAUGAAUCUGCCUCCCGAUUUAGUUCCAGAGCGUAACGGCAGUGCUAAUCCCGCAAUUGGGAGACGGGACAACGCUGCUAUGCGGCUGGAAGUCGCACGCGAGGAGGAACGGCUUCUUAGGGCACUCCGUACCGGUGGAGUGGUUGCAGAGCGUCCAUCAGAAAGGCCUGAUGUGGUGCCUCCUAUAUCGCUAGUAGAUUACGCAAAGAGUCGGUACCAAGAUCGACUAGAAACAGGCGCGAGGAAGCCAGUAGCCGGCGCGAGUGGUGAACGACGAGCUUCCCUCGGCUCCCAUGUGACGGAGGCGAGGUCGAAGUUCGAAGCUCGAGCGCGCCGGUCCUCCAGCGCUGGUGCAGCUGAAUCUGGCUCAGCCACCGGUCAGACGCCAGUUCGACCGUUCCUUACAAGAGGCUCUGUAGCAGAGAGAGUGCUUAUGUUUGAGCGCUGUCCGAGUGAAGCGACAUUAGAACUUGCAAAGCGAAAGUCACCAGCUGCUACUACUUGGCGAGGACCCCACGACGUCAUCAAUAGAGCACAGGUGAGUGUUUAA